GAUGAGCUAAACAGCGAUCAAAUAAACAAUUAUACAAAAAUAACAUUUUUACGUCAAUUUUUUACUAAUUUUAACUGUGAUAAAGAUUAAGAACAAAUAGUUUAGAUCUUCAUAUGAAAACUUAAGCAAUAUCUAUUUAUAGCAAUGCAUACAAAGUCGUUUAUUAUAUUAUUUUUAAUGUAUUCAAUGCAUGCUGAAGAGAUAUGGACUGGAAGAUGGUUCCCACAUAAUCCAAAUGACAUUCCAGAAGAGCCUGUUAAAAGUACCACAUCAUCAGAAAAGUGGACGGGAAAAUGGUUUCCAUCAAAUCCAAAUAGCUCGAAUGAUGAAAAUUCAAAAACUAGUUCAACUACAACGACAGCUAAAACAACAAGCUGGACUCAAAAAUGGUUUCCUUACAAACCAAAGGAAUCGAGUGAUAAAAACUCACAAAACUUAGAUGCAAGUUCCAAAAAGUCUGAUGAGAAACAAGUAAAAGAAAAUUGGUUCCGUUUGAAUCCAGAAAAUUCGCAAGACAAAGCAGCAAACAUUGCGUCAUAUCUGUCAUCAACACCUACAAGUUCCGAUAGCAAAGAAUGGAAAGGAAAUUGGUUCCCAGAAAAUCCAGUCAAAACUGAUUAUAAAGAAAGCACGUAUGAGCAUGAUAGAAUUAUGGGAAUUCCAAAUAGCGAUUGUGAUGAUGGAGAAGUAAAUCUUCACAGAGACUUUGAUCCAUCGAACACAGACCAUACAAAAAUGUACACGUGUCUCGAAACAUCAUCUUAUAAGCCGAAGACUAAUUUAGAGCCAAUCGAAACAAUAUAUGAAGUGCCAAAAUUUUAUACGCCUGUUCACAAAUGCAUGAACGAAACAAUAACUUAUGAUCAAGGCAUUCCGACACUAGGAAGCCACCGACCACUUUGGCCAACAUACGGAGAAUAUAAAUUUGCGCCACCACAAAGAUGGCUACAUUCUUUAGAACACGGUGCUAUAGUCAUGUUAUAUGAUCCAUGUGCUCUUAGUAGCGAAGUCGACAAACUUAGAAAUGUCGUUAAAUCUUGCCUCUAUCGUCACAUAAUUACGCCGUAUAAACUGUCGAGAGAUAGACCUUUGGCACUUGUCGCUUGGGCGACAUCACUAGAAAUGAGCGCUUAUGAUCAAACGACAGCAGUCGAGUUUAUAAAAAAGUACGCAAAAACGGGACCAGAGAAAACAUCGCGGCAAGGACAAUACAAAAAAAUGCUUAUAGAAGAAUCGAAGCUCGUAAGUGAUUCAGAUGAUUCUGAGAUCUGCGGUAAUAUAUCUUCUAUGAUGUAACGUAAAGAAGAAAGAGAUGAAAAUAAAAUAAUAAUCAUAAAAUAAAAAAAAAAAAAAGCAAAUAGCGGAGAUAUUUUCGUUAUAGCUAUUUUCUUUUUUCUAUAAAAAUUCAUUAGUAAAAAUAGGAAGAGAC